UUUUUCUUCGCGCUUUUGAGGGGGAAGAAAUUUUCCAAUAUAAAUUUUUGACUGGACAUUCUUUCCCUCAAGUUUUGUUGGGAUUUUUAAAGGAAGUGGAAGUAAAAAGCCCUUUUUAUGUUGAGAAUAAAAAUUGGAAAUGAAAAAAGAAAAUUAAAAUUGUUGCACGAAAUUUUGUCAGUUUUGGUCAUUUUUAUUUAGAAAAAAUAAAUUUCUCUUUUAAUUUAUAAAUUUUUAAUUUUUAAUUUAUUUUUUGAAAUAAUUUUAAAUGUUUCCAUAUUGUAUUUUAUAUGAGUGUUUUUAAACAAAUUUUAAUUUAAAGUUUUAUGAUGAAUUAUAAAAUCCUUUUAAGCUUCUAUUAAACAAUGAAUGAGGCAAACAUAACAAUAAUAAUUGAUGAAGAGGAAAACGAAAAUAAUAAAAAUGAGGAAGAAAGUAUUCAAGAAAAUACCCAAUUACAACAACAAAUAGUUGAGGACAAUACAAAAAUAAAUAAAAAUAAUAAAAAAUAUUUUUGGAAAAAUCGAAGGAAUAAUCCUUUAGUGACUGUUUGGCGGCCUGUUAAUGAAUGGGCAAAUAGAGGAAGGGAAACAAUUGCCCGUUUAGCUGUAAUAACCCAAGGAACAAAUUAUUUGUCAAAACCCCGACUUCCAAAAGUUUCUCGAAGAGCAGAAAAUCAAAUUCGUAAUUUUGGCCCUUUACUUCUUUUGCUUUCUUUGUUUGUUUAUUUAAUUCUUGGUGCCUCUGCUUUUUUAUUUUUUGAACAUACAAAUCAUGAAAUUAUGGUUCGGAAAUUUUUCUUUAAUUUAAUAAUUAAUAGGUAA